UAAUAUGUAUUUGUAUCAGUUUGGCUUUCUGCUACGUAAGGACAAAGCACAGGGCAAGACUGUCUCGGCUGUUGUAAACAUUGCCAACUUGCCAGGACGAACAUCAAGAGCGAGGGGCGCGUCCUGUUGUGCUCGCCGCCCUAUGAAUUCUGCCACUCACCGUUAUGGCAUGUGGAGGCUGGGAAGGAAGUGUAGAUUCUAGCCAGCUUGAAGCCCGACUUCGUGCGGGAUUGGAGGCUGAUCGUCGAUAUACAGUAGAAAAUGCAGCCAAACUGCGGGCUAUUCAUUCUGCUCCAACCUAUGAAGAGUUUCGGCAGCUUGUUCUUGGUGCCCAUCUGAAACCUCUGGACAGAAAUGACAAAAAUAAGGCCAAACCUUCCAUAUGGAAUUCCUUUGCAUCAACAGGAACUAAAAAGACAAAUAAGCCUCCACCACAAGACAUGGAAAACUCAGUUUACCCAACUGAUGUCUAUUAUGAUGUCAACAACCCUCCAACCACUUCAGAAGGGCUUGUACAGUUAUGGGAACGACUUGAUCUAGCUGAGCGACUUGAGCUACUUCGUAAUUUGUCACCUCAAGCAACAGAAAAAUUGGCAGGAGGCUUGGUGGCUGGUGGUCUCUUAGGUGAUGCCAUCACCACACUUCUGGCCUUCACACCAACUGUUAGUGAUGUAGUCAUGGUUGUUAAUAUGCUCCAUGCACUUACUUUAGCUAAGAGAUUUAGUUUGAGUGUUACCCUGGUGUGUGGAGAGGAGCGGUGGGCAUGGGGCCGCUUGUUGGAGAAGCUGCAGCUGGCCCUCUCGGAGCGGCCCCAAGACCUGGCUGAGAUGAACGUCACUGAAUGGACUCUGGCUCAGCUCAAGCUCAAGUUUAAUCUCUAGAAUAUGUAGUUAUAUUUUUAACACUAAAUGUAAUAGCCAGUGUUAUAUGUUUUAACAAAUGGAUCUUUCUCAUAUCUGUUCAAUAUUGUAUGUAUUUUUUAUAUUCAGCUUUUCUGAAGGUGCAUUUGUUUUUCAUAUAAAUAUCUAUUUCCAUUAUAAUAAUGGAGACUGCCAUAUAUGCAGUAUUAAUUAUAAGGAAUCUCUUUUAUAUAAAUAUUUCUUGUACUUUUAUAAGGCUCUGAUUAUUUUCAUAAAAUUUAAUUCGGUUCUUCAGUAUUUUUGCAUUCUUUUAUCAUUAUUAACAUGAAUAUUUUAGGAUAUUAGGUGAAUGAUGGUUAAUUUGCCAAGACCACUUAUGCUCAGUGCACAAAAACUGCUGCAGUUCUCAUUAUGCUGCACAUCUUCCCUAACAGUUCAUUUUGUCCUAAGAAUUUAGUAGACGAGGUUUGUCAUGUUACAAAUGUAGUUAUUGUGGAUUAGAAAUUUGUGGAGAAGCUGUAGGGCAAGUGGUGGAAUGGCUUAUUGGGAUAUCAGGUGGGUAUGGUUCUUGAUGAGAUGCAUGCUAAUUGGAUUGGGGAACACUGACAUUUAUCAAUUGAAGUUGUACCACAUAAGUUAUUUGUUGCUGAUCAACGUGUGUGUGUAUAUUAUAUGAGUUUGUUCUUUGAGUGCAUCUUUUUACAUGAAAACUAGAAGAAUCUCAGUUUACUACCAAAGGUUUUUAAGUAAUUUAAAUAAAAAAAAAAACACUAUGUAAGCAAUUUACAAGAUAACAGUUGUUGUUUUAUGGUGUUAUGUUUGUAGUUCAUUUGGCUACAAUCAUCUUAUAGUUUUCAGUUUGUCCUCCCUUUCCAUAGCAGAAUGCAGGCAAUUCUUGUAAUUUAAGUAGUGGAAAUAUGGAGCAGGAGCUUGUUAUGGAGGUUUUACUUGAGUAGGUCAAGGUAUCCCAAAUAAAGAGGAGGGAGACAUCACACUGCAGUUACAGAAAUGUGAAAGUGAAAAUAAUGCUCUUCAUGCAGCUCAUCAGGAAGCUCAUUUAUGAACGUCCUCAAUAUAUUAAGGAAUGUCAAUUUUUCAUUACCAUGUUAAUGUGUAUCAGCUUUUAGUUGACCUAAAACAUUGUGUGUUAAACAAGCCAUGCUGUUGUGUGUGAUACGACAAAAUAGAUUCCUGACAAACCGAUCCAUCACGAGGGCUCCACCGGGUACUACCUCAAGGUCUGGGGAUAUGACACAAAUACAGACAGGGGCAUAGAUGUGGUGGCCCAGUAAAUGGCCAGCAUGUCAUGUGAAAGGCAGCUCAGUCUGGCUAAAAGAAAAGAAAGGCAUUCAUGUGGUUCUGUAAUUCACCAUGAAAUGAAAAGUGUGAAUACUCUGUUAACCAGUAUUGCUGAUAUAAGAAAUUUCAGUAACAUGCAUAUGUAUAAAUAUUCACAUCUUGCUUUUUCUUUCUGUUGAAACAAAUGAAAUCAUUCACACCGAUUUGUAUCUGAUCACAGAUUUUUUUUGUCAUCAGCAUUAAUACUACUCAUUAGUAUUAUUAUUAUUAUUAUUAUUAUUAUUAUUAUUAUUAUUAUUAUUAUUAUUAUUAUUAUUAUUAUUAUUAUUAUAUAUAUUUUUUUCAUUAUUAUUUUUUAUUUAUUCUUUAUUUAUUUAUUUUCUAUUUAAAUUUAUAUUACUGUAUGGUGCUCUUAGCUAUGUGUGGCCAAAAAUUUAUGUAAGGAGCCACGUGUUACAUAUAAGUAUUGUUCAGGCACCAGAUCCAAGUCAUAUAUUUCAAUAUACAGUUAUGAUUUUCUUGCUGCAACUUCCCAACAAUGUUCAUUAUUGUUCAGCCACAAAGACUAAAGCAAUUGGAAUCCUGUGCAAUAAUUAAGUUGUCAUGCACUGACAGCAAAUCCAAGCAUUUUAUUAGAUACACUGCACCAAAUAUUGAUACAGGAGUUAGCUGUGUCCCAUAAGGAUGCACACAUGAACAAAAAAUGUGGCUGGGUACAGGAGUGAUAUCUGAUUUCAGUGAUAUCUGUUUCAGUAUUUUCUGUUACAUUAAAAGUUGUCUUCAAACAGUGAUGGAUGCAAGUAGAAGGCUUAAGAUACAUUGCAUAUAACUGUUGAUAUCUCUCUCUCUCUCUCUCUCUCUCUCUCUCUCUCUCUCUCUCUCUCUCUCUCUCUCUCUCUCUCUCUCUCUCUCUCUCUCUCUCUCUCUCUCUCUCUCUCUCUCUCUCUCUCUCUCUCUCCAUGACAUACAAGCAGCAAAUAGCAGUAUGACAGCUGCACCAGCAGUCAUGAGUAGUGACUGAAGAUGGUUGCCAAAAACUACAAUGCUAUGAAUAUAGGUGGCACUGUGGCAUGUACAAACAAGCCACUGUUGGUGAUGACACCAAAUAGUCCAUGUAAAAAUAUUCAUCACAAAGAGUACUUAACUUUUUCCUUGUAGAAACCAUUUUAUUACAUAUAUAUGGAUACAUAACUGUACAACUAGCUGUUUACUGUACUUGUGGAGUUGUUUAAGAAGCCAAACCUAGAAAACUAUAAAAUUUAAGUGCAUGCUGUCUAUUUCUACAGCUGGUUGUGGGUUAUUUGAAGGUUAUUCAUAUGACUUAUAAUUGAUAUGAAGUGGAUCACAAUUGUAUAUUCCAUUUCAUUUCUCUCUGUCCAUACCUCACUAUAUGCUAUAAUGUAAUAACAUGCCAUGCAUCACUUUACAUUCUGCCAGUGACAGUGAUGUCUCCCAAGAGCAACAGAAAGGCUAGUUUGCAGUGCCAGUAUACAACAUUAUGUAUAUUAUUAAGAGUUAAAUCUGUCUGUCUGUCUGCAUAUCUUGCUUUUUUCUCAAUAGUGGGUCAGAAAAAAACUACUGAUAUUACUAAAGACUAACCCCAUACCAUUUCAAUCUUUUCAUAAGAGACAGACAUCACAAUCAACAAGUUAAAUGCACAGGUUAAGAAUAAUUUACUUGGAGUUCUAGUAUGGAUAAUUUCUGAACUGGCAUGCCAGCACCUGCAACACAGGACUACAGAAAUACUACAGAUUAUAUUACUGUAUGAUACAAUAAGAAUAAUGUUGUCAGUGUCCAGUUAUGUACUUUUACUUGUAAUACAUAUGAUGUAUUUAAUAUACACUUAAUUCUUUGGAUUGUUAUCCCAUCUUAAAAGGAGAUGAAAAUAUUUAAUUGAGAAAAGUGAGAAAUUUGGAACACUUUCAGUCCCAAAUAUUCUUAUUUAGUGACUGCACCCAUAUGCUUACAUGCUUGUAACUUACUGACUAGAAAAUGGUGUGUCAGUUUAAGAAUGAGAGACAAAGAUUAAUCUUACAUAAAAAUUAAAAUUAAAUGGAUACUUUUAAGCAAAAAGUGUCACUCAGGAGUAGGCACUUAUUACACUGCUGGGCUAUAUUUAGUGAGAGCAGAGUGGGAUUGCUCUAUGAUGCACUGGCUGUGCAGUCUGUUGUUUUCAGUGUUAGUAGUAUGUGCAGGAAAAUGUUUUCAUUUCUUUACAAGAUUUGUUGCAGUUGGCUGUCAAUCAUGGGAGUUAAAAGUCAGAAAUACAGAAAUACAAAUGUACUUUCCUCUUAUAAAAAGAAUAACUUUGAUCAUGCUGAUGAUUAUUUGUGUAGGUAGGCAUCCCAAAUUUAUAAAGCUGAAUAACUUUUUAAAGAUUGUUUCUUGUUAGGAAAAGUUCAGUGCAAUGUGAAAAUGUCUUUAAUUCUGACAUGAGUGCUUUAUGUAAAUGUGAUUUGGUGUACAUUGUACAUCAUAUAUGUAGAAUUUUGUAAUACCAAGCUUGCAGUUUAGGCUGAAAAUCCUGAAGUGAAGUUUGCAAAUAAUUAUUAUUGGAAAUGUUAGUCAAAUGAUAGUACAUAAAUUCAAGACAAUAAGACACCACAUUUUAUAGUUAUUGCAAACAAAUAAUUUAUGCCUUUCUGCUUGUAAUGUACAAAUUACUUUAAAUUGCAUGAAUGCAAUCAUAUAUUUUCAUGAAUUUUAAUCCAAAAGUAAUUGCCACAUUGCAAUUUAUUAGGAUGUGUAGUGAUUUCAUCAAGAACAUUGUGUAACUGCUAGCUAAUUUUUUCAUCAAAGGUAUGUAGUGCUAUGAUACUGUAAUGUAUUGUCUGCUUUAUCAGUGGGUGUUUUCAAUUAAUGCUGAUUACUUUUAUUGAAUUCAUAUUAUUCUCAUUAUCAUUGUUCACUAAAUGGUGAUGUUUUAAUUUCAAGACUAGAAUUAAAAUUUUGUGGUUAAGAAAUGCUAAUGUCCAAAGUUUUCUCUGCUAGUACUUUUUGCACAUAUGACAAUCAGCUGACUAGCUAUUUCAUGUGACUAGCUGUUGCACAACAUGGAUUCAUAUCAACCUUAACUAUGAAAUAAUUAACAUAGAAAAAUAAAUAUAUCACAGUCAUGGCAUUAGCAUAUAUGUUAUUUUCUAUACAUGUUAAUAAUAAUUGUGCAACAAGUACACACACACACACACACACACACACACACACACACACACACACACACACACACACACACACACACACACACACACACACACAC